GACGGCGAUGGGGGCUAACAGAUGGCGGCUCUGACGAGCGGGGCGGCGGGCGCCGGCCUCGGCCUCGGCCUCAUCUUCUGCUGCCUGCUCACUCAACACGUGCUCGGUGGCCUGCCGGCUCCGCGAAAUGUGAGCUUGACUUCCAAGAACUUCAGCCUUUUUUUGACGUGGGUACCUGAAGAACAUAGACCUGAAAACUUCUAUUUAGUGGAGAUAAAGUCUUAUGAUGUCUGGCAACCUUUCACCAAUUGCACCAGUCCACUUGGAGAAGGCUGUGAUGUUACAUGUACUAUUAGAGACUGCUAUCAAUAUCUUCAAGCCAGAGUUGGAAGCAAUGUGUCUGGGCAUUCCAUUUCCUGGAGCUUCUCCAGAGGUUUUUCUCCAUUCAUGGAGUUGGAACUCGGCGCACCUCAACUGAAGGUAGUUGUGAAAGAAGAAUCUGUACUGGUGCAUCUUCGAAUUAAUUUGACAGCGUGCAAAGAAGAGGUGUUGAAAGCGUGUCUGAUUGAUAACUUGAGCUAUGAAGUGAAAUUUUGGAAUACAGAUGAAGGUGUCAGACAUCCAGUUCAACAAAGCUCAACUGAGAACAUAAUAAAAAUUGAAAAAAGUCAGUUGCAAGGCAGCAACAAUUGUGUGUCUGCACGAUCUGUAUACAGCAAUACGAAGAAGAUGAGCAAUUUCUGUGAACCUGUCUGUUUUGAACUGAAAGUCAAAGGAUUCCAGACUGCUGUGCUUUUCACCAUACUGGCCUCUUUGUUUGGAUCUUUGCUGAUAAUCUUAACUUUGAUAGCUAUAACCAUGGUGAAAGUGAAGCAAAAUAUCUCUGUUCCACCAGAACUGAAGACACCAGAAGCCUUGGAUUUCACAAGGACCAUCUAUUUUACCCAGGUAGAAGAUUACCAUUCAGUUGAAUGCAGUUUGCCAAAUGUUAUUGACUGCAACGAAAGUGAAGAGAUUCUUGAAGAAAAAACUGCCUUUGAAAGAAUUGUUAAGCAGGAAGAAACCGAAACCAGUGCUUCGAAUGAUGUAGACUGCUCGAGUGAGAGUGAUGAGGAAAUUGAAUGUUUCGACUACACUGAGAGUCGCUGGAUUCCUGAUGGAAUAGUCUUUGACAAUGACGAACUGCUGAACAAUGACUUCCAUCAGACAGCUAAUACAAAACCAUAUCAAAAAGCAGAUAACUCUUCCAUGUUUAGUCACGUUGCCACUGACGUCCAGUCUCAAGUCUGUGACUGCUCUAAUCAUGAUAUACUCCAAACUGAAUGGCCUGGUGCUGAGGAUCAGCCUUCCAGUGUUACUUCAGAGGUGCUCAACAGCCAAAACUUCCAUGACAGUAUUGAUCUGCUUCAACACUGUGAUAAACACAGCAGUAGUGAUAUCCUCUUAACAUCUGUACAGCUGCUCAUAUGUGAUGGAGAGUAUGAUGAAGAUAUGUUAUCAUUAGUACAUAAUCAUGAUAUGAACUUCAUUUCCAGUCCUACUCGCCUUUGUACAGUGUAGGAAAAUGGGUCCCUUCAGGGAUUCAAAGUACAUUUAUUAUCAAAGUAUGUAUGUAGUAUACAACCCUGAGAUUCAUCUUCUCCACAGACAGCCACGAAACAAAGAAAAUGCAAAGAAACGGUUCAAAGAGAAACUUCAACCCCUGCGCAAAAAAAAAUCAGGCAAACGGCAACCAAAAAAAAAGUGAAAAAAAAAACAGAUCAUAAAAUACAGAAGUGUUCCUAUUGUACUUUGUAAAUGUAUGAAAAUAAGCAAGGUGGCAGGAGGUUGGAGCAAAGCUCAGUUCAGAUACAUUUCAUUGUGAGUAUUUAGUAGUUUUAUGACUCAGAAGUAUUUCGAGAGUGAGUAGAGAGUGCAAGGCCUUGCAUCAGCCAAAGCAUUGAUUGGUGGAAGAGGCUCAGGAUUUAUACUUCUGGAAUCCUGUGGAGUUUUUUAUCCAAUGCAUUGUUACAACACAUAGCAUUAUUCAGUAUUUCAUGUAUACUGGAGACAGUUUGCCCUUGAGCCUAAAUCAGUAUUUUUAAUUCUUCUGAAUAAUCUAUGCAUACAAGUGUUACACUAUAUUUUUUAACUUUUAACAAUUAAAGUUCAUUUCU